AUGGCGUCGGAGGUGCAAGGUAUCUUGGCAGUCUUCGUUUGCGGCUGCUUCGCGACAUUGAACUUGAUGCUAUCCAAGUUACUACAGGGCUGGCAGUGGCCGUACUUCUUCUUCGCAGGAUUGUGCUCGCUGGUGAUUGUGUUGUGUCUCAAUGCUGUGAUGGUUGCACGGCAGGGUAUCGCCGCCUAUCACUGCGAACGGAAGGAGAUCAAAUGGGUCCUUUUACGUGGACUCUUUGGUAGUAGCAACAACGUCCUGAGCGUUUGUGCAGCCCUGGCGGGUGCGCCGAUGGGCAGCAUCGGCGUGUUGUCUAGUGUGAACACCGUAGUGGCGGCACUCCUGGGGCGAGUAGUGCUGGGAGAGCCGUUAGGCAAGCUACAUAUCCUAGCCGUGCUGUUCUCGGUGGCAGGCGCUGUUCUGAUUUCUGACCCCAAAGCCACGGUGAGUGAAGGCACAGCGAGCGGGGCCUCUGCCUACUUAGGCUAUGUCCUCGCCCUGCUCUCCGGCGUCUCUCUCGGCUUCAUCUUCAUCAGCUCGCGCAAGUCCAAGUCUGCUUCUCCCAUGCUGCUUACUACAUCCUCCAUGACUUUCCGCUGUGUCACCUGCUGUACUUUGGCAUGUAUUCCAGCGGCGAACAGUGGUGGGUUGCAGGUCUUGGCAGACUCCCCAGGCUUUGCCGUUUUACUCUUGCUCGUGCUCCUCGUCGCCAUGCUUGUCUCCAAUCUGACGGUAUCGGAUCGCAGCUCUGCCCUGCUGCCAUCAGCGCAACUGCGAUCACUGCAACCAACAUGA